AUGUCUUUCAUUUCGUUUUGUAUUGCUCUAAGCUUGGCCUUGGGUAUUGGUGUGAUAAUUGAUUUACCAUAUAUCAGUGGAUGCAGAGAUGAUGAAAGAAAAUAUCUGCUCGAUUUCAGAGGAGGCCUAAACGAUUCCUAUGGUAGAUUAAGCACAUGGCGCGGAUACAAUUGUUGCGCGUGGGAGGGAAUUGUUUGUGACCACCAAACAAUUCAUGUUAUUCAACUUGAUCUCAAAAACCCUCAUCAUAAGGGAGAUGAUCAUCGUUAUCAAGUAAACCACCAGUGGAGGGGGAAGAUUCAUCCAUCUUUGUUUAAUCUGCAACAUCUGCGCCACCUGGAUUUAAGCUGGAAUGACUUCCAAGGCAUUGCUAUACCUCCACUGUUAGGAAGGCUCAAGAGGCUUACUUUUCUUAGCCUGGCUUAUGCUAGGUUUGAGGGUGAGAUCCCUCUAGAGCUGGGAAAUUUGUCAGCCUUACAACAUCUUGAUCUGUCAGACUAUUACAAAUUGCAUUCUUCAGAGUAUCACAAGAAAUGGAGACUGAAGAGUUCAAGGCUCUCAAAACUUAGAUUGAUUUACCUGUCUGCAUGUGGUCUUUCAGGAAGUAUUCCUUCACUUCUAAACCUUACCCAUUUAUCCCAGCUCCAUCUUCGAUAUAACUCCUUUCCAUUCCAAGUACCGUCCUGGUUACAGAAUGUCUCAUCCUUGGUUUCACUUGAUCUCACUGACUGUGAUCUCACUGGUUCCAUCCCUUCCGAUUUCUUGCACGAAGCUUCAAGUCUGAGCAAUCUUUGUUUGAGAAAAAACAGUCUACAAGGAGUAAUUCCUGCUUCCAUUGCAAACUUUUCGAAACUUGAGACACUCGAUCUCUCCGACAAUCAGUUCACGGGGGUUAUACCCAUAUAUGGAUCUCCACCGAGGCAACCGUCUAGUCUUUCAAUGAUUGAUCUUGAAUUUAACAAUUUGAAGGCCAGAAUACCAGACUGUGUUGGCAGGCUUUCCUCUCUCCAAUAUAUGGAUCUCAUGAGAAAUCAACUAAAUGGUGAUAUCCCAAACUCUUUGGGUAAGCUCUCUAUAUUAAGUUGCCUUAACUUAGACGAUAAUCAGGUGUCUGGAGCAAUACUAAAUUCAUUUUCAGAGCUUGUUGGAUUGGAAGUACUGUCGCUUUCUUCCAACAAUUUAACAGGCGUUGUUUCUAUUUCUAUGUUCCAUAAUUUGACUCAACUUCGUAUACUCCAGUUAUCUAGAAAUCAGCUGACUAUCAACAUUCCUUCAAGCUGGGUUCCACAGUUUUCUCAUCUGGAGUACCUGGGAUUAAGCUCUUGUAAUAUUGAAGGAAAUUUUCCAGCAUUUCUGUCUACUCAAUAUUUACUAGAAGAUUUGGACCUGUCAGAUAACAGAAUUCGGAGAGGAGGCUUUCUGCCCCCAUUCAACUACAGUAAUUUUGAAUUGGUGGCCUUGCAUAAUAAUAGCUUUCACGGCCCUAUUUCAGCUCUUUCAUUUUAUGGAUUCACAUUGGAUUUGUCACAUAACAAGUUUAAUGGUUCUAUUCCUGCUACAAUCUUUCCAUACAACUAUUUGUCCCUGUCCGCAAAUAAUCUGAGUGGAGGUAUUCCGUAUUCAAUGUGUAAAAUUGAAAAUGAGUUGAUGAUUUUGGAUUUGUCAGACAACAAACUAAGUGAUGUGAUUUCUGCAGAUCUGGGGAGAUGUUCGUCUCUUGUAAUUUUAAAUUUGGCUCAAAAUGAUUUCCAAGGUGAGAUACCAGAGGAGGUAGGAAAUCUGACUCAACUCCAGACAUUAAACCUCAAUGGAAACAAUUUGCAAGGUGUUAUUUCUCCAUCUACUGCAAAUUGUGCAUAUAUUGAGGUACUGGACAUAGGAAAUAACAGGUUUGAAGGGAGGAUCCCAAUUUGGUUUGGAAAGAUGAAAUAUUUACAAAUACUCAGCUUGACAAAUAAUAAGCUUGAGGGUAGUAUUCCAUCCGAGUUGUUUGAGCUAAAGAGUCUUCAGGUCUUAGAUUUAUCUCAUAACAAUAUAUCAGGAAGUAUCCCUGAAAGUUUAGAAAUGGUCCAUGCUAUGAUAAGUCAAUCACAGAGUUUUGAAAUGCAACGUCUUGAUGUAUCAGACGGUUUUUUGACUGAAGCCAAUACAUACAUCUAUCACUCAGUACUCUUUGUGGAUCAAAUAACGCUCUGGAUUAAAGGAACGGCACGUCGAUAUCAAAAAAUAUGGAGAUCAUUCAAAGUUAUGGACUUGUCACAUAACAAGCUCCGGGGUAGCAUUCCUCCGAAAAUGGGACUUCUCCAGGGCCUAGUUGCUCUGAAUAUUUCAAACAACAACAUCAGUGGCUCAAUUCCGAAAUCCUUUGGACAGAUGGUUAGCCUGGAGUCUCUGGAUCUUUCAGGAAACAUGUUAUCAGGGAAGAUUCCCCAAGAGCUUGUAAGUCUCACUUUCCUUUCUGUCUUGAAUCUUUCAUACAACAUGCUUUCUGGAUUAAUUCCGCAGGGUUAUCAGUUUUCAACGUUUGAAGAUUCUUCAUUUCUUGGGAACCCCAAAAUUAUGGGGCCUCCCCUCGAAAAUAGAACACAGAGCUCUAGUUUUGGUGAAAGAGGUCGCCAGGUAGAGUUGAAUAAUACAGUUAUUGCAAAUGAUACAGAUAAAAUGGAUCGAUGGUGGGCAGUGACAGUGGGGUUAUGUUACGGGAUGGGAUUUGCUAGUGUGAUUGCAGUGUUGUGUUUUCACAUAGAAUGGAGGUACAGAUGCUUUGCUUUGCUGGAUGCUGUUGUGGCUUAUCUUUGUGAGCGUUGA